AUGACAAAUGACAUUGUUUUCAAAGAGCUUGUGCACAGAGUAACAAAUAAGUCUGGAGAUGCAUGCGUUUGCACUCCCGUAAAGCAUAAAGAAAAGGAGGAAGAGGUAUGUUGUCUGUUGACAUGUCAAGUGAAGGUGCUUGAGAUAUCAGAUUACAGAGCUUCUUCUCAAGAGGUGAAGCAGAUGAGACAUUUCUUUGGCAAGUUAAAAUGCCUUGAAUCUUUGAAAGUCAGUGUUGAUGGAGACAGUACAACAAUGACAAUUAAUAGUGAGGUCUUGAGAGAUAAUCUGCUGACUCUACAAAGAAUUUCAUCAAAGUGCAACAUCCAAUUCCGUUGA